AUGCCCAAGAAGCACCAGCAGCGAGCGCUCCAGAUCAAACCGCAGUCGAGCAGUCCCCAUACUCUCUCAUUGUCCAAGUCCCCCCGGCCUCAACAUGAGGGGUCUUCGCAACGCUCGGUCAAUGACCUAAUCCGAGAGUCUCGCCGACUGCAGUUGAGAAGUGAGGCCCGCACUCCUCCCGUGCUUGACAAUGCGCACUCUUUACACCCUUCGGUAAGAGCAGUUCUUGACCUGCCACCGCCACCCUCGCCAGUACCAAGGUACGCAUCUGGUUCUCGCCCCGGCGGUUCUAGUUCUGGGCCGAGCCGCCUUCGCCGUAUUCCUGGACCGCCUCCGCCGCGAAGCUGGCUCACAGAUAGCAUUCAUGCUCCUCCCUCUGUGCGGUCUUCACAUAGUCCCGCUGAUGGCGAAAAUCGUCGCAUUCAGGUCCGCACGAGUAACCUUCCAGAUGGAGCAUUUCCACCACCGGGAUCCCUGCAGCACCUUGUGCUGAAAAAGAUUGCAUCGGAGUGGGAGUGGCAUGCCGAGAAUGAUCUGGAAUACUUCAACUACUUGCCUGUCAGACUACGAGAGACUUUGCUCAGUUAUAUCGCCGUUUUUGGCGACCAUGUGAGGAGUGACCCGUUGAGGAUAUUGCUCUUGCAUGAGACAGAGAUUGAAGAGAAGAACGAAGUCCGGCGCUUGGAUCUAAGCAAUGCAAUCGGUCACUGGACUACAUUCAGACAGCUGGAAAGGGAUCUGGUGGCAAAGAACGCCGGUCCCGUUACAGGUUCGGUGGCAUUUGUCCAAGCUCCCCCGAUAGAGUAUGCUCCAGAGAGCUGGGAUGCUGAGAGCGACGGCGACGAGGUCUCGAAUGCGACAAUGAUUCCUCCAGUACCCAAGACUGCCCCCAAUUUCGUCAACCUAAAACAUCUUUCUCUCGCCAUUCCAUCAGGUAGUGCAAAAGCCGCUUCCUGGUCAUCUUUGCUUUCGCUUGCAACGGAAUUGCGGACCCUGACCUCCCUUUCGCUGGCAUACUGGUCUCAGCCUACCUUCACACCGAACGCCGCCUCUACGCGGGUAGUCAUUCAGACCCCGGGUCCCGGCCCUGUCGUCUACGGCGGCUCAGACAUAUACAUCUCGCAUGAUAACAACUGGCGAGAAGCGGCUGGCAUCUUGCGCACCUUGAGUCGCUCCUUGUAUUGUCUGAAGUGGCUGGAUCUCACAGGCUGUGGAGAUUGGUUUGCCGCUUUGCAGUGGGUUCCUUCACCUUCUUCCUCUCCAUCGUCGUCGCCAACCAGCGGCUCGUUGUCUGUUCCUCAUAGAGAAUAUCUUGCUCCUGAGUGGAAUGGCGGCUGGCGAGGGCUAGAGGAAUUGAUCCUUGAGGUCGGAUGGAGACCUGUCGCUCCGCCUGCGAUCGAAGACUAUCGGUUAUUCACGUCCGAGACAUCCAGCUGGAAUGUUGAGAACGAGCGUCGGCUCUAUCGAUACAGGAAAGAUCGAGAACGCUUUGCUGAUAUCCGGAGUACUGCGCAAUCUGUGGCGCGGCACUUGCGUGCGGUUCGCAAGAACGCCGGAGGCAAGUGGAUUGAUGUUGAAUUUGGGGAAGAUCUAGAACCGCUGCUUGACUCGAAGUGGUAG